AUGCCGGUUUUUCAAGAAUCAUGUGCAGAGCAAAUUCAAGCGCAAACCAUUGUUAUAAUUCAUCCUGGAUCUAUGUAUCUCAGGAUGGGUCGAGCGUCGGACUUGAACCCUUGUACCAUACUCAACGCUGUCGCGAGAAGACGUUUACCUGGUGGAUUAGAGUACAAAGAUAGUUUACUACCACCAGCUGUCCCACGAACAAAGGAACUAACGCAAGCAAUGGAAGAGUCACGUCUGCAAGUCUCCCACACCUUGCAAUCCUGCCUCCAAUCCGACGGAAGACGAAGAUACGCCACGCCACCGCAGCAGAUUGCUGCCUUCAAUCGCAGAUCAAAUCCGGAAGUAUCUUCGCCGUGUAGCGUGGAAUGGAUAAAGACUAAUAAAGAUAUAGUGGUUGGGGACGAUGUAUUAUCUUUGAAUCCAGAUGAUAAUUUCAACAUCCACUUCCCGUACAAGAGAGGAGAGCUUAACGUUCAUACAGGCCUUGGCGGCAGUUUAAGAGCUGUAAUGGCUGAUUUAAAAACAAUUUGGGAGUAUGUUCUUGCAGAGAAGAUGGACAUUCCGUUGAGAGACUUGAAACAUUACAGAGCAGUUCUGAUAAUACCAGAUAUUUAUAACAGACAAUACUUGAAGGAGUUAAUAACCUUGAUGCUUUGUGAUAUUGGAUUCGGAGCAUGUUUCCUCUUGCAGGAUCACGUGGCAGCCACAUUCGGCGCAGGAUUAGGAUAUGCCUGUGUGGUUGAUGUCGGAGAUCAGAAAACAUCGGUUUCUUGCGUGGAGGAUGGAAUUUCUCAUAGGAACACGAGAGUGCGUAUGGAUUACGGCGGGGGAGAUAUAACGCAAACCUUCUUCUGGUUGCUUCAGAAAUGUGCAUUUCCAUACAAGUCGUGCGAUCCGUCGAACAAGUUGGACGCAUUACUUCUAAAUCAGCUGAAGAAAGACUUUUGUCACGUUGAUCUAAACGUGUGUGGCUCGCAGGAAAAGACAUUUGUCGUUAGGAAACCCAAGCAACAGACAGAAAAGUAUACUCUUCAGGUGGGCGACGAAUGCUUGGUAGCACCUCUGAGUUUGUUUCAACCGGAAUUGUUUAAAGUCACUGGAACACACAGUGUACACAUACAGAAGAGAUCAAUGGGAGAUCCAGAGGAUCCACACGAUGAGAACUAUUUAAGGGAGACAAGUAGGAGGGGCAUGAAAGAGAAUCUGGAACAAACGUCUGAGCUGCAAGAGGAAGCAGCUGUUCCAACAGCGGGAGGUGAAGAAGAAGUAGUGGUGGAUGCUGUAGAUUCAGCUCCGAUUACUUUGUCUAACCGUGACCUUGAUGCUCCGCGUGAUUUCGUGGUCGGUCCGCAACAGUUGUUGGGCCUUGAUCAUGCCGUAUUGCAGAGCAUCGAUCGAUGUCCCACUGAUGAUCUAAAACGAAAGAUGUACAGCUGCGUGCUUGUCGUGGGAUCAGGAAUGAAGUUCCAGGGUAUUGGAAUGUGGCUUCACAAUCGUAUUUCUCUUCAGAUUCCGUACAUGUACAGAGCCGAGCAGCUGGAUAUCAUAACGCAGCCCAAAGAAAUGGAUCCAGGUAUGACAGCGUGGAAGGGUGCUGCGAUUCUGAGUUGUUUAGAGUCUGCACAAGAAUUGUGGAUUGGUCGGCAAGAAUGGGAACACAUAGGCGUUCGAGUUUUGAGGGAGAGAGCGCCCUUCAUGUGGUGAAACUUUCAAGGAUCUAUGU